AAAACCCUCAACCGAGUUCAUUGACCGGCCAACUACAAAGACAACAAGUAUAACAACAAUAACAACAACAGCAAACAGCCAUAAACGCAGCAACAACAACACGGAAUAAUGUCAAGCUAUGUAGAUUACCACUAGCUUUAUUAAUAGACAGCACACACAAAGACAAGUACAAAUACAAAUACAAAUACAUGUGUAUGUGUAGACAUAAGCAGAGCCGGCAGCAUAGGCAAUAACAUAAGCAGAAGAUCCCCUUACCUCGAUUGUAUGUGUGUGUGCGUGUAUUAAAAUUGCAUUGUCAUCAUCGAUAAAGAAAGCAUAAUGGCUUCGAUCUCACAAAACAAGCGGCAGAAAAUGUCGGAAUCACAGUGUACGGAUGAUAUUGCACCACAGUUCAAUUACAAGGAACUCGAUAUAAUUGGCACAGGGGCCUAUGGUACCGUUUAUCGGGCACGCGACAAUGAAACCGGCCGCUACGUGGCCAUUAAGAAGGUGCGCAUUCCGCUCACCGACAAUGGAGUGAGUGCGACGGCGCUGCGAGAGAUUUCGCUCCUUAAACAUCUCAACACAUACGAUCAUGCGAACAUAGUCAAACUGUUCGAAGUAUGCCAGUUUUUGGAACGUGAUGGUAAAUUGCUGAUCUUGCUGGUCUUUGAGUAUCUGGAGCAGGAUUUAUCCGAUUUGAUUGAAGGUUUACCCAAGACAGGCAUGUCACUCACCACAGUUCAGCGUCUUUCACGGGAACUCUUGACAGGCAUCGACUUUCUGCACGCAAAUCGCAUCAUUCAUCGAGAUCUGAAGCCACAGAAUCUGCUCGUCUCUUCGCAGGGUCAUUUGAAGAUCGCCGAUUUUGGUUUGGCCAAAACCUAUGAUUCUGAAAUGAGAUUGACGUCAGUUGUGGUCACGUUGUGGUAUCGGGCACCCGAGGUGCUGCUUGGCCAGGGUUACAACAGUUCCGUGGACAUCUGGAGUGCGGCCUGCAUCAUUUUUGAAAUGUUCAAUCGCAAGCCGCUGUUUCCAGGCACAUCCGAGAAAAAUCAACUAGAUCGCAUCUUCGAACUCACUGGAAGACCAAGUGAUGAACUAUGGCCUCCGAGCAUUUCUUUAUCUCGGGAACAUUUUCCUCCACGGCUUCCCAAGCGUCCACGUGACUUUCACCUGGAGUUGUGUGAUUAUGCCGACGAUCUACUUAAUCAAAUGCUUUCGUAUGAGCUUCAUCAGCGUCCGUCGGCGUUGGCUUGUUUGGAACACGAAUACUUUCAGCAGGAGCCACAGUAAAAGUUAAAUUUCCGAUUGGGGUUUUCCCCAGCAAGAGCAGUCAAAUCUGAAUUUUGUUGUUUCUUGUUACAAUGUUCCUUUAUUCUAUAUAUUGUAUAUGUACAUUUAUAUUUUGUUUAUAUAUAUAUUUUUUUUUUGUACGCGUAUAAAUUCGUAUAUGGUUAGUCGUAAUUGUAAUCAGCCAGUUUAUUUGUUAAUCAACUGCCGUUAAACGAAACUCGAGGAUUUCGAUCCGGUUUAAAAUGUGAUACACCCAGUUCAGGACUAGAGACAUGCUCAGGCAUACAUUUAAAUAUAUAUAUCUCCAUUGUAUAUAUAAACAACUAAUGUUGGUAUUUAAUAAUACCACACACAAAGAAAUAAGAAUUAUAUUCAAAAUUGCUCUGUUCGUAAUGUCUGUACAUCAACAACAACAUUAAUUACUAUAUUUAUAGGUAUAACUGCAUUUUUAUAUACAUUUAUAUAUAUAUCUAUACGAAAAUAAUAUUUACAAUACUAAUAAAGAAAUGCAUUGUCGCAGCAUUU